AUGGCCACCCGCAUCACCAUAAUUGAGGACGCGCUGCUACUCAAAAACUCUCCCCUAAGGGACGAUUGGGGUGACUGGUUCGACAAGAAAAGUGUGUUUCUCAGAAAAGAUAGAAUGUUCAAAUCCAACUUCGAUUUGUUGAACCCCCUGAACAACCCCUUGCUUCAGGAUCCCGACGCUGUCGCCACCAUCGGGCUCACCAGGGGCGAUCGUACUAUCCAAAAGUGGUGGAUCCACGAGUUCAAGAAAAGAUUUGCGAAUCGCAGCGGUCAUGAAGGCAUUGCACGAAGAAGACGAACUGAUGAAAUUGAUCUAGGGUUCCUGCUAUUUCUGGUUUUUCUGUACCGUCCGCACCGUCCCAAAUUCUCCGUCAUCAACCUCCGCAUUCUCAAGAUGAACCUCACUUCUUCGGCCGACUCUCCCUCGCAACUCAUAACGCUCUUCAACCUCACUCUCAUCGCCAAAACCCCCAACAACCACCUCAUUUUCUUUCCCUUGUACCAAACAAUUAAAUAUUCAAACUUUUCUUUUCUUUUCAAUUUCUUUCAACUGUACCAACACACAGGUUUAAGGAACACUGAACAAAAAGUUAAAGCAAUGAUUUGGAACAAUACUCCCUUAAAUCCCCAGCUAACCACUGAGAAUGAUAAAGAUGGGAUUUUCAUGAAAAAGACCCCAAAAAGAGAACCCUCCGACAAAAACAACCAUAUGAGCCUCCGCCCGAUGCUGUCCGGUUUGCAAGAUCUGGACACUGAUUCGGUUACUAACCUGAGAUCGGGUCUGAAGAUGAAGAAUGGUUUCCCCAUUGAGAUACAGAUGGAUACCAAGGUGAUGAUGAAGAUGGAUUGGCUCAAGAGCAAGAAGGUGGGAGUUCGAGUAACGUGUGACGGAAUCAGAGGAACGAUUCCCGUCGGCAAGUAUCCGGCAGUGGCUUCCGUGGUGGACUCCAACUGUAAGGUGGAUCUUCGAAUCAAGAUCUGGAAGCUUUCGUGGUGGACUCCGCCUUCCUGCCGCCGCGCAUUAUGUUCUCCAUGUCGCACCCCAAAACAUCGCUUCUACUACUCCGAUUCGCCACCAUCCCCAUCUCGUCUUCAAGAUCUUCCGAGAGGGGCAGAUGUUCCCGAUGGGGAGAACAUUCAUCGCCGGCGAAGUAAAUGCUUGAUUUAAAUUUCUUUUAAAUUUUCUUCCUUUUAAAUUUCUUUUAAAUUUUCUUCCUUUUAAAUUUCUUUUGGCAAAGUUAUCUGAUCCUUUUCAGUGUUGAUGCUUGAUUUUAUUGAAGUAGGGUUCUCUUUUAUU